AAAAUUAUUUUUGGGUGGUGACUUCUUUUCUUCCUAAUAUAUAUGAAUAUAGAGAUGGCACAUGCAAACUAUUGAUGUUAGUAUAAUACAUGAAAAGGAGAAAACAGGAUUGCAUUUCUUGCUGUUGUGACAUUAUGUGCAUUUGGGUUUUUUCUUUUGUUAAUUUGUUUCUUCACCGUUCUUUUCAGUAUUAGAUUAGAUCAUACCAAUUCAUCUAAUGGUAGUUAUUAACAAAUUAAAAUUUACUUGGUAAAAAUAAAGUUAUGGUAGAAACAUCAGUUCAUUGCUAUUGUUGAUAGUCUAAUGGAUGUUGGUUAGUUAUUUAUGCAUUGCCUUUUCACUUGUAAGAGAGAUUUCUUUCUGAAACUCAUUUUUUCUCUAAAAGUUACAAGAGCCAAUUUGGUGUUUGCCAUUUCAUAUUGUGCAUCUAUGCUUAUGAGUAUUCAUAUUUCACAAGGGAAGGCAGUUGCCUAUCUGUGUAUGAGAAAGCUACCAAUGUGCCUUAAAUCUGUUGAGACUUGAGACUGUUUAGCAUCAAUUCUAGCUAGUUUCAUAAAAUUAACAUAUCCUGAAGAAUUCAGAAGUUUCUGCAUAUAUUGCCUGAUUUACUUGCAAUGCUAGUAUGAAUUGCAUAGGAAGGAACUGCCAAAGAUAUGGAACAAAAUGCAUUAAUAUGUAAUUGUUUACACUGCAACUUAUAAAAGUAUAGGCACCAGGCAGCAUUCACUUGUUCCUUGAUUUAUAUAUUUAUUCUUGCGUCUCUGUGUGGUAGAUUUUAUUUUAUGUUUUCUUCAAGUUUUUCCAAAUUCAAUUGUGAUGUAGUGGCAGGUGUUCUUUCCCAAGUUGCGUGAUAUGAUCAUUUAUAUUUUUCUUUGCUUUGGUUCUCUCAUAAAGUUAUAUGGGCAGAAAACAUGCUUGGAAUGGAUUGAGAAAGUUCUAUUCGUAGUUCAGAGAUACAGUAGUAAUAUUAAUCGAGUAAUAUUUUUAACGCCGUUUACUUUAUUAAAAAAAGACACUGUUAAAAAGCAGAUGACUGGGUGUUAAGUUUGUUCUGCUACUAUCCUCUCUGGAAUUAGGAGGAUUCUGGAAAAAUAUCCACUGUCACUAUGUUGAAUAUAGCUCCAAAGAGUCCCCUGCAUAAAAACUGGGUAUUCAGCAACAUGGAGAAAUGACAAGUCGUAUUAAAGAUGUUAUAUUGAGAGAAUAGGUGAAAUUUGAGUUGCAAGGCUUCAUCCAUGUCUAAAUAGUUCACCAAUUCGAGUUUCUUGUGUUUUAAGUUUAAUCCAAAAUUCAGAACUACCCAAUUUCUUGGAUUGUUUACUAGCACUUGGUUCUCCCUGUGAGAUUUUCCUUGGCGAUGGCAACAGCAAGGGAAAUUUCAGAAAUCAGAAUUGUUCCCAAUCCAAAUGAGAUGGGGGCAUGAUGAAAACAAUUAAUAACUGCAUUGAAAAUAGCUGAAAUUACUGUUGCUAAUUGCUAUAGACAGAACAAACAUAAGAGAUAAUAGAUCAACAGCGAUGGAUAUAAUUCAAAGCCAUGUCACAGUCAUUCCUCCGUCUCGCUCGCAAACUCUUUCAUCUCUUACCCACCUGUCGCACCCACCCCACUCUCUCAUCACCACUGCGCUUCCACCACUCAAUGGCCAACACCACUACCGACUCCGUCACCCCAUCAAACACCCGCGUUGGCUGGAUCGGCACCGGCGUUAUGGGCCGCUCCAUGUGUGCUCACCUUAUCAAAGCUGGCUAUACUCUCACCGUCUUCACUAGGACCGUCUCUAAGGCCCAGCCUCUCCUCGACAUGGGGGCCAACCUCGCUCAAUCCCCUGUGGCCGUCGCUUCUCAAUCCGAUGUCGUCUUCUCCAUCGUCGGUUUUCCCUCCGAUGUCCGUCACGUCAUGCUCGACCCCACCGCUGGGGCCCUCCAGGGGCUACGCCCUGGUGGAGUCCUUGUUGAUAUGACUACCUCUGAUCCUUCUCUAGCCUCCGAGAUCUCCGCUGCUGCUUCCGCCAAAUAUUGCCACUCCAUUGACGCUCCCGUCUCUGGCGGCGACCGCGGUGCCAAGAAUGGAACCCUGGCAAUAUUCGCAGGAGGGGAUGAAGGAGUCGUCAAUCGGUUGAAUCCCCUGUUUUCCCUCAUGGGAAAGGUUAAUUAUAUGGGUGCACCUGGCAAAGGCCAAUUUGCUAAGCUAGCAAACCAAAUAACCAUAGCUUCUGCAAUGGUUGGCUUGGUGGAGGGGAUCGUCUACGCAUAUAAAGCUGGGCUAAAUGUGGAACAGUACUUGAACGCCAUAUCCACUGGUGCUGCGGGGUCAAAGUCCCUUGAUUUAUACGGGGCUAGAAUACUGAAGAGGGAUUUCGAGGCAGGGUUCUAUGUGAACCAUUUUGUGAAGGACAUGGGAAUUUGUUUGAAGGAGUGUCAAAACAUGGGUCUUGCUUUGCCAGGAUUGGCAUUGGCUCAACAACUUUAUCUGUCGCUCAAGGCUCACGGGGAAGGGAAUUUAGGUACCCAAGCGCUUAUUUUGGCUUUGGAGAGGCUUAACAAUGUAUCUCUUGAAAAUCUGGCUUCUCAGAAUCCUAGCUUAGCCGGGUAAAUGAUCCUUUUAUAUUGAACAUUAAAUUUACUAUUUUCCUUGUUUAUUAUGAAUCUAUUGGAUUAUCAUUUCCAAUCUUGAACAAGUUGUCUGGAGAAUUGCUAUUAGAUAUAUGUCUUAGCCUUCUUCUGGCAUAACGUUGGUUCUGUAAUCGUGUUUCUUGUUUGCUCUUGUGCCUGUCUUAGAGAAAUGUGGAAUAUGUCUUUGAGAUA